AUGGCCGCCCGCCCGCAGCUCUUCACCCGCAAUCUCUCGGGCCUGUCCCAGAACCCAGAGACCAACUCGCCCGCCGAGCAGCGCGACGAUGCCAAGCGCAACUUUCUCAAGACGAUGCGGCCGCUCCCGACGCAGCACUACUGGAACGUCUAUUUCGACCGCCAAUCCAAAGACCACAACCCGGCCGACGGCGAGUACAAGGUCCAGCUCGAGCAGCUCGGCUCCCAGAUCGAGUCGGUCCAGGACUUUUGGCGCUACAACAACAACACCCCCGUCGAGCAGAUCAAGAUGCGCGAGUCGAUAUACCUCUUCAAGGCCGGCUUCCGCCCCGUCUGGGAGGACCGCCGCAACAUCAACGGCGGCAGCUGGACGUUUCGCGUGCCCCGCGCCCAAGGGCCGGAGAUAUGGACCAAGGUGCAGCUGCUGGCCAUUGGCGAACAGCUCGAGGCUGCGUUGGACGAGAAUGACCAGCUCUGCGGCGUCGGCCUCUCGGUCCGCUUCAAGUUUCACCUCAUCACCGUCUGGAACCGCGACGCCAGCAAGCAGAAAUCCAUCGACGCGCUGUUUGAGUGCAUCCUCCGCGAGCUCCCCGCCGAGCUGCAGACGCGCUCCGAAAACUACUUUUACAAAAAGCACGCCGACCACGAGGGCUUCAAGGUGCCGCCGGAGCUGCAGGGCCUGGUGGACGCGCAGAAGCUCGGCUCGCCGGAGGACUCUCCCGUGACGGGAGACGCGCCAAAGGUGUCUAUUCAGUCGCCGCAAUGA